AUGGUAUUGGAGAAUCAGACAUUUAGCCCUGACUUCAUCCUUCUGGGAAUCUUCAGUCACACACCUAGCCAUAUGUUCUUCUUCUCUCUGGUCUUGGGCAUCUUCACAGUGGCCCUCUUGGGGAACACUACCAUGGUUCUCCUCAUCUACCUGGAUACCCAGCUCCAUACCCCCAUGUAUUUCCUCCUCAGCCAACUCUCCCUCAUGGACCUCAUGCUUAUCUGCACCACUGUACCCAAAAUGGCCUACAACUACUUGUCUGGAUGGAAUUCCAUUUCAGUAGCAGGCUGUGAAGCCCAGAUAUUUUUCUAUGUGUCCCUUUUGGGUGCUGAAUGCUUCUUACUGACUGUCAUGGCCUAUGACCGCUAUGUUGCCAUUUGUUACCCUCUUCGAUACCCCAAUCUCAUGAGCCAGAAAAUCUGUGGACUUAUGGUUGCCUCUUCCUGGAUCCUUGGCUCCCUUGAUGGAAUAGUUGAUGUAGCAGCUACUUUGUUCUUCUCAUAUUGUGGCUCCCGAGAAAUACCUCAGUUCUUCUGUGAUGUGUCUGCACUUCUAAGUCUCUCAUGCACUGAUACUUCAACUUUUGAAACACUUGUUUUUAUCUGUUGUAUAUUAAUGCUUCUCUUGCCGUUAUUACUCAUCAUUGCCUCCUAUACUUGUGUAAUUAUGGCUGUCAUUCGAAUGAGCUCUAAGGAAAGCCAGCACAAGACUUUCACAACUUGUACUUCACACCUUAUCAUUGUUGGCAUGUAUUAUGGAGCGGCAGUAUUCAUAUAUAUGCGACCCACUUCUAAUCGGUCCCCAACUCAGGACAAGAUGGUAUCAGCCUUCUAUACCAUCCUCACCCCUAUGCUCAACCCUUUGAUCUACAGCCUUCGCAACAAAGAUGUGGCCAGAGCAUUCAUGAGGGUACUAGGGAGGGGCAAAUCUGGACAAUAA